AUGGCCCAUGACUUCAUGCAGUCCAUCGCAGAUCGUCAGUGCAUGAGAGGAGACAUGGAUUGGGCGGACAUUUCCCAAGCGCUUCUCGCAGUCCACGAUAGAUUGGAGAGCAUUUUCCAUCUAUUUUUGAGGCUUUUGCGUGAUCCGACGGCUACAAUCAUCGUUGGUGAAGAUCCAAUGGCUAUGAGUCAUCCUAAGGAGAUCAAAGGCUUGAUCUGCAAGAAAGGGCACACCAAGAAGAACUGCUGGGCAAGAAAGGAUAAAGAACAAAAUGAAGAAUUUGUCAAUGCAACAACAGAGGUAGUUGCUGAUGCUCUAAUCCUCAACAUGGACAGUCUGAUGGAGUCAUGGAUCCUAGACUCCAAAGCUUCAUUUCAUUCCACCUCACAAAAGAAGUGUAUGCUGAAUUACACUGCCAGAGAUUUUGAAAAAAAUUAUCUUGCUGAUGAUGAGCCAUUGAAUGUUGUGGGAAAAAGUGAUGUGCACAUAAAGAUGCUGAAUCAGUCGAUCACCCAAGGUGCUAUGAUGAUAGCACGAAGAAACAAGAUAGAUACCCUCUACAUGAUGAGUAAUGCCAAGGAUUCAGUGGCAUUGGCACUAGCAGAUUUAGAGUUGUGGCAUUGCAGACUGGGUCACACGAGCGAGAAAGGAAUGCAAAAAUUAGAAGAGUCUGGCGAGAAAAUUAAGUACCUGAGAUUAGAUAAUGGAGGCGAAUAUGACAGCACCAAGUUCAAGGAGUUCUACGUAGCAAGUGGAAUUAAGAUGAAGAAGACCAUCACGAGCAGACCACAACAGAACGGGAUAGCUGAGCGUAUGAACCGAACCUUGAACAAAAGAGCUAAGAGCAUGAGAAUUCAUUCUGGGUUACCCAAGAUGUGUUGGGCUGAGACAGUUAGCACUGCUGCCUACCUAUUAAAUAGAGGUCCCUUAGUUCCUGUUGACAACAAGCUACCAGAAGAAGAGUGGAUAGGGAAGUCAGUAAAUUUAUCUCACCUGAAGUUUUUCGGCUAUGUCUCUUAUAUGCUCAUGAAUGCUGAAAGGAGAGAUAAGCGCGAUGCGAAAUCAUAG